AUGACUCAGAGUAAUCCGCCUGAUGAAACUGAGAAAGACAAAUCAACAGAUGAGGAAUUAAAAGUUAAAGAAGAAGAGACUGAUGAGCAAGUCGAAAUUUAUCUUGCAGAUGUCAUGAAGCAGUUGGAGAAGGAGCCUUUAUUUGAGUCCAAACAAACCGGUCGGCCGUUAAAUUUCUCCAAUUAA